AUGGACGGAAAUAUUGAAGUUGACGUUGAAGUGACGUCAGUAUCGCUGACGUCACUCUUUCUAAAACCAACUCUGAGGCUCUUGAGCCCCACCAACUUGGUCGGAAAAUUUACGCAAAGCGUUCGCCGUAUAGUUCAAGAUGUCAAAGACGAGGGCACUUCAAGUGGGCAGACAAAGGAAGAAGUGAUCGAAACCAAUGAAAGACUACGCAUGGUGAGAGUGAGAUUGGACGAAAACUACGAUACAGCGAAAAAAUCGCUUAUCACCCUCAUGGCACGCUAUAGCGAGUCUAAGGCAGAAAGAAAUGUGUUCACUCGAUACGCUUUGCUCAAAGCUAUGAUUAAGGAUGUCAUCCGCUUAGAAACCCAAUACUGGUCUUUAGUCGAAAUCCCUAAGCAAGAGAAAGCCGAGACAGUGCCAGCGUUCGUGCUUCGAGCUUGUGCUAUCAUGGAGAAGACACAGAAAUCCGGGGAAGGAGUCAAGACAUCAUCCAAGCUUGCCGAGGAAGCUGCUGAGAAACGGGAGCGGAUAGAAAGACUCAAUGAUAUGACAACAUCGCAAAUCGAAACGGAAAAUACUCAAAUGACAAAUGAUUUAUAUCGUCUGCUGAAGAAAUAUACUGGGUUGAGAAACCUUAUCCGGGAACUUAAGUCGGAAUACGUCAGUUCAAAGUUGUACCCGAUGUUCCCAAGAUACACAAUGCUGAAAGAUAUGAUUAAGGACAUCAUGCACGACCCUGAUUACAUGGAAGUCUGCCACGAGGUCGACCCUUAG